AUGGCGCACACACCAAUAGUCACCACGAUCCAACCCUUCUCCAUCCGCUCCAGCUUCAAUCGAUCACGAAAACCAUCACAACCCCUCGCUCCACCAUUCCUCGUCUCAGCACCAGGCAAGACCAUUGUAUAUGGUGAACAUGCUGUUGUCCACGGCAAGGCUGCGAUAGCUGCCGCCAUCUCCCUACGGACAUACCUUCUCGUCACCACUCUCACAAAGUCUCAACGAACAGUCUCUCUGAAGUUCGUCGACAUCGAUCUAGAUCAUACAUGGAACAUCCAGGAUCUUCCUUGGAAAGAGUUCGCACACCCGGCGCGGAAGAAGAAGUACUAUGAUUUGGUCAUAGAGCGCGAUGAGGAGUUGGUCGCGGCCAUGCAACCACAUCUCAUCACAGUGAGUCGUGAUGCCACUCCGGAGAAACAGAAGAUGCACAGGGCUGCAGCUAGUGCCUUCCUAUACUUGUUUCUAUCACUGGGCUCACAAUACUCGCAAGGGUGCAUAUAUGCGAUGCGGUCCACGGUACCGGUAGGGGUUGGACUUGGAAGCAGUGCCAGCGUGUGUGUGUGCAUCUCUGCCGCGCUGUUGGUCCAAGCAAGAGCACUGUCCGGACCACAUCCAGAUCAGCAAGGAGAAGAAGCAGCGGAACAACUUGAGCGAAUCAAUCGCUGGGCGUUUGUUGGAGAAAUGGGCAUUCACGGGAAUCCAAGCGGAGUUGACAACACUGUCGCGACACACGGCCACGCCGUAUUCUUCGAGAGGACCGAUUACACCAAACCUCCGCAUGUCGAGGUCAUGAACGACUUCCCCGAGCUACCGCUUCUCCUCCUCGAUACCUGCGUUCCCAAAUCCACCGCUGCGGAAGUCGCCAAAGUCGCUCUCCUGAAGAAGACCCACCCGAUCGUGGCCGACAACAUCCUCAAUGCUAUCGACGCCAUUACCCGAUCGGUGUAUGAGCGCAUCUCCGGCGGCGACUUCGAUCCGGCCUCGAAUGCGAGCAUCGAGCACCUCGGCCAACUCAUGUCGAUCAAUCAUGCUCUCCUCAGCAGUCUCGGGGUGUCCCAUCCUCGUUUAGACCGGCUCAGAUACCUCGUCGACCAGGCCGGAGUCGGAUGGACCAAACUCACAGGUGCCGGAGGCGGUGGUUGCGCCAUCACCUUGCUACGCCCUGACGAGCUCACAGCGGAACUCCCGAAGGCAGUCGUCUCCGGCCUCAACGCAAACGGCACCGCGAAUCAGGGUGCCACUCUUAGUGCCGCGAAUGGAGCAGCAAGCGGCGCGUUGACUCCGUCCUCAUCUCUGCGUGCAUUGGAACAACAGCUCGAAGACGAAGGCUUUCGGAAAUACAAAACUACUCUCGGAGGCGACGGCGUGGGCGUCCUCUACCCCGCGCUCCUGAAUGACGAAGAAAUUGACCUCGAGAUGUUCCUCACCGCCGAAGGACGUGAGGGCGUGGAGCAACUCGUGGGUGUGUCGAGCGACGAGGGCGCCUGGAAGUACUGGCGACCUUAA